GUUUGAACAAUGGAGCUAGGGAUUCUUUAGGUUUGGUCAGGUAUAAAAGAAAGGGUUAAACCCGGUAGGAAGUCAGUUCAGGAGCAGCAACCAGCAGUACAGUGAGCAAACAUGUCCAACACCAGCAUGAACAUGGGCAGGGCCACCUUCUACGAGGACAGAAACUUCCAGGGCCGCUCUUAUGAGUGCAGCUCCGACUGCCCCGACAUUUCCUCCUACAUGAGCAGGUGCCAAUCCUGCAGGGUCCAGAGUGGAUGCUUCAUGAUGUACGAGCGCCCCAACUACAUGGGAAACCAGUACUUCAUGAAGAGGGGAGAGUACUCAGACUACCAGAGUAUGAUGGGAAUGGGCGAUGGUUUCAGGUCCUGUCGCAUGAUCCCCAUGCAUCGUGGAAACUUCAGGAUGAGGAUCUAUGAGAGGGAGAACUUCGGAGGUCAGAUGCACGAGAUGAUGGACGACUGUGACUCCAUCCAGGAGCGUUACCGUAUGUCAGACUGCCAGUCCUGCAACGUGAUGGACGGCCACUGGCUGAUGUUUGAGCAGCCCCACUUCAGAGGCAGGCAGAUGUACAUGAGGCCUGGAGAGUACAGGAGCUUCAAGGAUAUGGGCAUGGGAAUGGGAGGCAUGGGCAGCAUGAGUGGUAUGAGGUUCAUGAGCAUGAGGCGUAUCAUGGACAACAUGUCUAUGUAAAUUCUUCAAAUGUUGUAUGAACAUUGUUGAUUAAAUUUGUUCCAAUUUCAAAACUGCUAAA